UUCGCUAGAUAGGUGUAAACUUUAACUGGAAACACUGCUUACGUUCUUUUUUCGCCCUGUUCCUUUUUCUGUAACCAAUUUGCUGUAACUUACUAACUUUUACGUAGUCUCAGACAGAACUUCUGAACCUGCAAGUGAUUGUUGGUCUAGUAGAAAAUAGGGUAUUUUGUUAUUUGACCUAUUUCUAGCAGUAAACCGUCAGUGAUGCGUUGUACAUAAAUCAUUGGUGCUAGUGAAUAAUUUGCAAAAACGUAUUUCAAAUUUUCCUUACUAAAAUUAUAUGUUUUGUGCAGUUCAUCGUAUUUGACUUAUAUAUUCAGUGUAUGAAAUGGUUGCAAAAAUGGCUGUUGAAGCCGAAUCCCGCAUUAAUUUAGCCGCUCUAAAGCGAAAAGAUCCAUACAUUUCUAACAUCAUUGAUUCUGCUACCCAAGUGGCUGUCUACACUUUUAGUCCAUUAACAAACGAAUGGGAAAAGACAGAAGUAGAAGGAACACUUUUCGUAUAUUCUCGGGUAGCCCAGCCAAUGUUUGGUUUUACAAUCAUGAAUCGUUUGAGUAUGGAUAAUCUUACAGAAAAUAUUUCGUCAAACUUAGAAUUCCAAAACAAAAGUCCCUUUCUUUUGUACAGAAAUGCAAAAUUGGUGAUUUACGGAAUCUGGUUUUACGAUAUGUAUGAUUGCACCAGAAUUGAAACCUUAUUGUCAAACUUGUGCAAGAGGGAGAGGGAGGGUCAGACCCCGAACAUCAACGUUCCUAUCCCAACAAACAAUGAUCAUUCACCAGUGUUGCCGUCACCAAAUUCUACGGGGGACAGCAGUGCUUCCUCGUUAUCUGACGUUGUGGCGGAAUAUGAAGUAAUGUCAAAUCAUGACAGUGCAGAGGAACUGACACAAAGUCAAACACAGAAUGGAGACAAGUCUGUGGAUAUCAUGGGUUUGCUUUUCAAAGCUAAAGAUGAUUAUGACAAGAGAAAAGUCUCCGAAGCGAUUCCCAAAGCUUCAAAUAAGGGCAGCUUUCAGCCUGUUCCUGUCAAAAGUUCAACAAAGUUCAAUAUAUCCACUCUGUUCAACCAACGUCCUUCUUCUGCUGAGCUCUUUGCUCAAUCCCCUGAAAACAAUUCACAUCAACAAAGCAAUGAACCGAAAAAGCGCUUCGCUGCAAGGUCUCUCUCCCUUUCCCUGGGCAACGGACAAAGCCUAUUUGAAACAAACCAACCAAUAAAUUUGGUCAACGGUGCAAUAUCAGUGGAGGAACUUGAAAGCCCAGUCCUUGGAAUGCCAGCUCAUCGCGCUCGCUUUUACUCCACAAGCGAUGCUGCUCCAAAAAACCUCUCACAAGUUGAGGAAUCAGUCAUCGAUAAACUGUUUGACGCUCGCCAGGUUGGUGUACAAACCACCUACUUUCAAAGUACAACAGCAGGAAAAACAUCAGCUGUACAAACAGUACCUGCAACUAAAACCCAUACAGACAAUCACCCCAAACCCCCUUUCACAAUGGGUGGGCCUCACCCCCACAGUACUUCACAUAGCACACCUUCCUUAGCUCAAUCUUUUCCCUCACUGUACAGCCAACCCAAAACACAGCAUUCAUCUUUCCACUCCAAUUUUCGACCUCCCGUUCCACCCACAAAUAUAUCAGGAAAACUUCCACUCACCUCAGGACCUGCCCUUACCAAAAGCAUGUCGGUGGCUAGUGGUUUAGCCGCACUACCGCUAAACACUACUUCCCCACUAAGAGUUGUACCAACCCUUCAUGAAACAACAAAAGACCAACCCCUCUUGCUCUCGCCUCAUGCUCUACGUCCAUCUGCUAAAGGUAGUAAAUGUGUUCCAAUCCCCAACACCAAGCAAUCAGCAUCAACAUUACAAAACCAGCAAAAAGUUUCUGAAGAACCGAAAAAAGACACUUUAAUCUCACCCCAGGAUUUUGAGCAUUCAACUUUCAUGCCAGAAAAAGCUGAAAAACUUCGUCAGCGGCUCGUCGAAAGUGCUGGAUCCCCACAAGUCGAACCAAUGGAUAAAGAGCAGUUUGCUAAAACACUUGUCUUCCUAUUACAGAGCGACGAUAGCUUUCUUUCCACUAUACACAAUGCUUAUGUAAGUUCCCUGCAAGCAAGCAAGCAAGGCAAUCCAUCACCAAAUUCACUUUGGAAUUAAUGCCUUGAAACUUCAGUAAAAGGAAUAUUUUAAAGGGAAAAAAACUGUUUCAUGAACUUAUUUUCCUUCCAAGAAUAUCUGUGUCUAAAGUCUACGAUUCAACUAAAAGUUUGAGUUCUUGUGCUGUCGUCAGCCAAUCUACAUUUCUGUUUCGCUCUUGUGUCUAAUUAGUUUCAUAGCGAUUAACGUGAUCUAUUUUACAUCUGUAGACUGUUCCAACCAGAUUUUAUUAUUUCUGGUUCCUUGCUUAUAGCAACUGUAGGCCACAGUAUUAGCAGCAGUGCACCAUGCAUUGUGUUGAUGCUUUUAGUUACACCGUAUGUUUUGCACUCUCUGCCGAUUUUCACAUCAGUUGGGAAAUGUCCAGUUUUUGUGUUCGUGCCUCUGCCGCCAUUUUUUAGCAAGAUUAUUUUUCGCUUUCGCAAUCACCAUAUUUGCUAAAAAGUCAUUCUCGUGACAACGGUUUUGCUUAAAGAACGGUUUUGGCUUUUUGCGCCCACGUUUAUUUCUGUACAUACGUUUUACCACAGAUUGAAGGUUUUUCUUUUACAGUGAAUUUUUUGUACAGUUCUUCAAUUUCUGUCUCCCCCCACAGUGUGUUUACCCACAAUCACAAAAUAACUCCACACCCCUUUCAGCUUUAUGGCUUAAAAAUGGUGCUGACCAUAAAACGGUGCUCUACAAAAAACACCAUGUAAAAAAACAAUCAAACAGUUAUAAUAUAUACAGAUACAAACUAUUAAUAUUUGCUCCCUAGACAAUAAGGUGUAGUACAAUCGUGAUAAAACUGUCUUACGCUGACUACAUUAUAGCACGAUAUCCCACGUACUUAAAACCAAGCGCGCAUGUUUUUUAAACAUUUGUAAUUUUCACCAAAGAAAAAUGAAUUUAGAAUUUUCUGUGAUUUGAAUUUUCACUGCAGAAAAUAGAACUUUCUGCGAAUCGCAAACGGUUGCGCCAAAUUUGCAAUUUGUUUUGAAAAACUCGAGUUCAUGUUUUUGCGCCCAACCAACUUGCCAACCUCGCAUUAUUGUGUUCCCGCCUAUUUCUGCUUCGUAGUGUUGAUCAUUACUCCAACACAUCAGCUUCCUUCUGCCUUGCCUGGAUUUUGCAUUGCUAUUUCCAUACUGUUACAGCUCAGCUGUAGCAAUACUACACCGCAUUACGUUUUCCACACAUAUACAAUCAGGGCCGUAACUAAAUUUCUGUUAAAAAGUCUGAAUUAAAAAUUUAGAGUCAACAUUUUAUAGCAAGAACAAACCACAAAUAUUAAUAUUUUGUCACUUUACCCAAGUUUCGUAUUUUUGGUCCAGUUUUAUUGGCAUAAUUCUGCCACAUCCUGUUUUUACCUGGACAUCUAAGCACUGUGCUACAAACGCAGCAGUAAGCCCCCGCAUGGUUUUAGUCGAACCAACUAUGCAGUUAGCAUGGAUUUCUACGUUUUAUCGUCCAUGAUCCUCCACUUGCACUGCAUUCCAUCGCAUCCCAGAAAAAAUAAUUUCCCAAAAUUUUUUUCUUACAACAUGUAUUAUUAUUCCCCGUUCUCAACGAGUAAAGCAAAAGCGUAUCAAAUUUUUUUUUUCAAAAUGUCGUACUUUCUGUAUAAAAUUUUUUUCCCGAAUUUUUUUUUUUUCGAACAUAACUAAUGUAAAACCAUUUUUUUGUCACAAACUCUAAUUCAGUGAAAUUCAAAUUCUGAAUCUCUUUUACUUGAUGUUUUUAAUUGCUCCAGGGACUUUUUUGUCUCAUUUUUUGAGGUGAUGCAUUAAUUGCUGCUUUUAUACAAAACCCCUUUUUUAUUUUUUUUCAUGUCUUCGUAAAAAAAAGUGUACGAAAUUUUGUAAACCCGUAAAAUUUUCUCCAAACUUCUUCAGAAACAUUUUUAUCAUUCAUUUUGAAUUUUAAAUCACUAAAGUAAGAAAGACUUAAAAAUAAAAUGUCUUAACAUAGCUGUAGCAUUAAACACACAAUGAUUAUAAAUUAUGUAAAAUUUAAUUAUGUUUUUUUUUCUGUCUAAAACUAAACUGUAGUACAAACGCAAUUUUUCUCUAUUGGUGUUCCGUAUAUUCUCUGUAUGAUACAGUUUACUGCCGACAGCUACUUGCUUCCUGUCUGUAUUACUUUUGUGGCCGCUUUUUCACUGUGCUGGUCUAUAUAGAAGCACAGCAACACUAUUGUAACAUAAGCAAACAAAUUGUUGCUCCAAAUUCAAAGAAAUAAAAUUGUGUAGUUAUUAUUUUAAAGCAAAAAAAAUUGAACAAUUUUUUCGGAACCAUUUUUAACACUUUUAACUUCAAAAUAUAAGAUGUACUCUCCAUUAAAAGUCAUGUGCCUAAUAUUGGCUGCUCAUACUCCUUGUGGAAUUGCUCAAUUCAUUCUCCAUAUUUGCUGUUUAAUCCUGGCAAACUUUCAACUUAAAUUUCAUCUUGGGUAUAAUUUAGUGGGAUUUGGGUAGUAUGCAGUUUUAGCAUCGUUCUGUGUUAAUUCAACCUUGAUUUCUUUUAUCUGCUUGUCCUACAUAAAAUUUCGAAAUAAACCAGGCAUUCAUUUUAAA